AUGACGACUAACUAUUUGGUGCCAAACACUAAACCGAUUAAUGGAAAUGUGUUUCAUUCAUUCGAAAAGAUAAAUGAAAUAUUCGCAAAGAAUGACGGUAGAAGAUAUUAUAGAGAACUUGAAAGUUCAUGCUAUGACUCUGAUGCUCCAUAUUUUGAUGAUAAACAAACUCAUUUAAGAAUUACAAAUCCGGCUCAUGAUGUGAACCAAUUAGGUGACACAUAUAUUAAACGCAAAGUUAAAGCAACUCUAGUUUCAAAUAAAGCUUUCACAUGUGAUGCCGCUUUUAAAUGCAUGCGUUUAUUCGUUGGUUACAAAUCAUCAAAUCAAAGCUUUAAACAAUUAGAAGUAGAAACCGAAAGAGGUGAUGCCGGUUAUCUUCAGAUGGAUUGCGCCCGUGAAUCUUUCGCAUUUGCAACAUAUAAACCAAAAUCAGAAAGGAAAGUUAA